CAGUAUUCUCAGCCUAAAAGGGGUUUGGGGGCUAUGAGAUAAAGAUGCCGGGGUCGCUGAGUAAUGAAGACGAGGGACAAGACGACAUGGAUUUUGAAGACGAUAUGCCAGAUGAGGAUGAUGAAGGUGAGCGCAACACUGUUCCCCUCACACCCCUCGACAGCUUCUUCUCCGACAACGACUCGCUCAAACAACAGAAGAAGAAGAAGCCCAAAAAGAUGAAAGAGGGGAAAAUGCCCAAAGUCAAGAAGAGGAAAAAGGAGGGAGGAAUCCAGGCAAGAGUUGACAGUGACCUGGAGGAGACCUCAGAGGUGGAGGAGGAACGCGAGCGUCCAGAAAUAGGCUCCGAGAGCGAGAGCAGCACGUACGGCCCGACCAAAAAGAAGAAGAAGAAACCGAAGGAGAAGAAAGAGAAGAAGCCCAGGAAGAAGAAGAGAGACGAGGAAGAUGACGACGAUGACGACGACGACGGGAACAUGAAAGAACCCAAAUCAUCCAGCCAGCUGAUGCAAGAGUGGGGUCUCGAAGACGUGCAGUAUGGCUUCACCGAGGACGACUAUAAAACCAUCACUAACUACAAGGCGUUCAGCCAGUUCCUCAGGCCUCUCAUUGCCAAGAAGAACCCGAAGAUUCCCAUGUCAAAGAUGAUGACAGUGUUAGGGGCCAAGUGGAGAGAGUUCAGCGCCAACAACCCGUUCAAAGGCGCAUCUGCCACCGCUGUGGCCGCCGCUGUGGCCGCCGCCGUGGAAACGGUUACCGUGGCGCAGCCGACGUCUGUCAGCAGCAGCCAGCCGAGCUCUCAGCUGGGGCCAAUCAAAAAAGCCAAAACCAAAGAGGGAAAGGGACCCGGAGUGAGGAAGAGGAGUAAGUCUGUGAAGGAGGUGAAGAAGAAACCCAAGCCGAAGAAGACCAAAUCAAAGUCGGGCCAAAGUGGGAAGAAGAAGAAAGCGUCCUCGAGCGAGGAGGACUUCCUGGAGGAGUCGGACUUUGAUGACAUCAGCGUCCACAGUGCCUCUGUGCUUUCUGAUACCUCGGGGGCCGCCACCAAGAAAAAGGCCCGACGUGGGCGGAAAAAAAGAAAAAAGGAAGAUGGUGACGGUUAUGAGACGGACCACCAGGACUACUGCGAGGUCUGCCAGCAGGGUGGAGAGAUCAUCCUGUGUGACACCUGUCCCAGAGCGUACCACCUGGUCUGUCUGGACCCUGAGCUGGAGAAGGCCCCCGAGGGCAAAUGGAGCUGUCCACACUGUGAGAAAGAGGGUAUCCAGUGGGAGGCCAAAGACGAGGAGGAGGAGGAGGAAGAGCCAGCAGGCGAGGAAGAGGAUGACCACAUGGAGUUUUGCCGAGUGUGUAAAGAUGGAGGAGAGCUGCUGUGUUGUGACACCUGCCCAUCUUCCUACCACAUCCACUGCCUCAACCCACCUCUGCCCGAGAUACCCAACGGGGAGUGGCUGUGUCCGCGCUGCAUGUGCCCUCCCCUCAAAGGUAAGGUCCAAAAGAUUCUGCACUGGACAUGGGGAGAGCCCCCGCUGCCAGCUGAACUGCCUGCAGGCCCUGACGGCAAGCCAAGUGAUCCACUGACCAAGCCUCCACUCAAGGGCCACCCAGAGAGGGAGUUCUUCGUGAAGUGGGCUGGCCUUUCGUACUGGCACUGCUCCUGGGUCAGCGAGCUGCAGUUGGAGCUGUAUCACACGGUCAUGUAUCGGAACUACCAGCGUAAGAACGACAUGGACGAACCUCCGCCGUACGACUACGGCUCCGGAGAGGAGGAGCUCAACAGCGAGAAGAGGAAGAGCAAAGACCCCCAGUAUGCUGUGAUGGAGGAGCGCUUCUACCGCUAUGGCAUUAAACCAGAGUGGAUGGUCAUCCACCGGAUACUCAACCACAGUUUUGAUAAAGAUGGCGAUGUGCAUUAUCUGAUCAAGUGGAGAGACCUGCCCUACGACCAGUGCACCUGGGAGGUGGACGACUUUGACGUCCCAGAGUAUGACAGCCUUAAAGCUUCUUACUGGGACCACAGGGAACAAAUACUAGGGGAGGACCAACGCCCUCUGGUGGUGAGGAAAGGAAAGAAACUCAAAGAGGACCAUCCAAAGAGGGAGGUCCCUCCUGAUGCUCCCAUCAUAGAUCCGACCAUCAAGUUUGAGCACCAGCCGUGGUACAUUAACGCCACCGGGGGAACGCUGCACCCGUACCAGCUGGAAGGGCUGAACUGGUUGCGGUUCUCCUGGGCGCAGGGCACAGAUACCAUCCUGGCAGACGAGAUGGGCCUCGGGAAGACGGUGCAGACAAUAGUGUUUCUCUACUCGCUCUAUAAGGAGGGUCACUCUAAGGGGCCGUUCUUGGUGAGUGCGCCCCUUUCCACCAUCAUCAACUGGGAGAGGGAAUUUGAGAUGUGGGCUCCGGACUUCUACGUGGUGACAUACACUGGAGACAAAGACAGCCGGGCAAUCAUCAGGGAGAACGAGUUUACCUUUGAGGACAGUGCAGUAAAAUCAGGACGCAAGGUGUUUCGCAUGAAGAAAGACACUCCAAUCAAGUUCCACGUGCUGCUGACAUCCUACGAGCUGAUCACUAUAGAUCAAGCCAUUCUGGGCUCCAUCACUUGGGCCUGCCUGGUGGUAGACGAGGCCCACAGGCUGAAGAACAACCAAUCAAAGUUUUUCAGAAUUCUCAACGGGUAUAAGAUCUACUACAAGCUGCUGCUCACUGGGACUCCUCUUCAGAACAACCUGGAAGAGCUGUUCCACCUGCUUAACUUCCUCACCCCAGAGCGCUUCAAUAACUUGGAAGGCUUCCUGGAGGAGUUUGCCGACAUCUCGAAGGAGGACCAGAUCAAGAAGCUCCACGACCUGCUGGGCCCUCAUAUGCUCAGAAGGCUGAAAGCUGAUGUAUUCAAGAACAUGCCCGCAAAGACGGAGCUGAUUGUGAGAGUGGAGCUCAGCCCCAUGCAGAAGAAAUAUUACAAGUUUAUUUUGACGCGAAACUUCGAAGCUCUGAACUCCAAAGGUGGAGGGAACCAGGUGUCCCUGCUCAACAUUAUGAUGGACCUGAAGAAGUGCUGCAACCACCCCUACCUGUUCCCUGUGGCCGCUGUGGAAGCUCCUGUAUUACCCAAUGGCUCGUAUGAUGGUAACCUACUGGUGAAGUCCUCAGGAAAACUGACGCUGCUGCAGAAAAUGCUGAAGAAACUCAAAGAUGAAGGACACAGAGUUCUCAUUUUCUCUCAGAUGACAAAGAUGUUGGAUCUGCUCGAGGAUUUUCUGGAGUUUGAGGGUUAUAAAUAUGAACGCAUUGAUGGAGGGAUUACUGGAGGCCUAAGGCAGGAGGCCAUUGACCGCUUCAAUGCGCCGGGCGCUCAGCAGUUCUGCUUCUUACUGUCAACGCGAGCUGGAGGUCUUGGCAUCAACCUCGCAAGUGCAGACACUGUCAUCAUAUACGACUCUGACUGGAAUCCUCACAACGACAUCCAAGCUUUUAGCAGAGCCCACCGUAUAGGCCAGAAUAAGAAGGUGAUGAUCUAUCGUUUCGUGACGCGGGGCUCAGUGGAGGAGCGGAUCACUCAGGUGGCAAAGAGGAAAAUGAUGCUGACCCACCUGGUGGUGCGGCCCGGCCUGGGCUCCAAAACUGGCUCCAUGUCCAAACAAGAACUGGACGAUAUCCUCAAGUUUGGCACUGAGGAGCUUUUCAAGGAUGAAAUGGAAGCGGCGCGAACCAUGGGUGACAACAAAGAUGGCGAGGAGGGCAACGUGAUUCACUACGACGACGACGCCAUCUCGAAGCUGUUGGACCGCAGCCAGGACGCCACCGAAGACACGGAGAUUCAGAACAUGAACGAGUACCUGAGCUCCUUCAAAGUGGCUCAGUAUGUGGUGAAAGAAGAGGACGGAGAGGAGGAGGUGGAGCGGGAGAUCAUCAAGCAGGAGGAGAACGUGGAUCCAGACUACUGGGAAAAACUCCUUCGCCACCACUACGAGCAGCAGCAGGAGGAUCUGGCCCGCAACCUCGGCAAAGGCAAGCGCAUCCGAAAGCAGGUCAACUACAACGACACGACCCAGGAGGACCAAGAAUGGCAGGAUGAUCUUUCAGACAAUCAGUCGGAGUACUCUGUGGGGUCCGAGGACGAGGACGAAGAUUUCGAGGAGAGACCUGAAGGUGGACGCAGACAUUCUCGUCGGCAGCUGAAGAGUGAGAAAGACAAACCUCUGCCGCCCUUACUGGCUCGAGUUGGGGGUAGCAUUGAGGUGCUGGGGUUCAACGCUCGCCAGAGGAAAGCAUUCCUCAAUGCCAUCAUGCGCUGGGGCAUGCCUCCUCAGGAUGCCUUCAACUCCCAUUGGCUGGUUAGAGACCUGAGAGGGAAGAGUGAGCGUGAGUUCAGGGCCUAUGUGUCUCUGUUCAUGAGGCAUCUAUGUGAGCCGGGGGCAGAUGGAGCAGAGACCUUUGCUGACGGAGUCCCACGCGAGGGACUGUCUCGUCAGCAUGUUCUUACCAGGAUUGGAGUCAUGUCCCUUGUCAGGAAAAAGGUGCAAGAGUUUGAGCAUGUAAAUGGAAAGCUGAGCUCUCCAGAUCUGAUUCCCAUUGGGAUGGAGCUGAAGAAGCUGACCGAAAGUUUGUCUUCUGAUCCCAACACCCCCGUUCCAGCCAGCCCCGUCGCUACCCAGCCUGGCACUCCCAUCCCUUCAGAGAAGACUGAGUCUCUUUUGGGUACCGCUGAUGACAAGGAGACCACAGAGCAAGAUAACAAGAAGCUGUCAGAGCAGGAAACCUCCGGUGCAGAGCCAGCAUCUGCACCUGAGAAGGCAGCUGACAGCGAGGAGAGCAAGGCCAGCUCAGAGGAGAAAACAGGAGAUGAGAGGGACAGAACUGAGUCACCCUCCACAAAGACAGAGCCAUCUGCCAACCCAAAAGACUCCUCUUUGAAACAGACAGAGCUGUCAUCCAGUCAAACCUCGCCCAAAAUGGAGCCCUGCAAAGAAACAGAGAAGUCUUCAGAAAAAGGAGAUACUGAUUCUCCUCUGGCAAAAACUGAAGACAAGGAAAAUAAGCCUGCUGUUGCAGAUGAUAUGAAGAGUGAGGAUGCAUUAGACGGUCGAUUGAAUGGAGACAAGGACACUUUGGAUGAGAUGGACGAGAGCAGGAAGGAGGACAAAAACGGAUUCAAAGCCAAGUUCAUGUUUAAUAUAGCUGAUGGAGGUUUUACAGAGUUGCACACCCUCUGGCAAACUGAAGAGCGAGCGGCGCUGUCUUCUGGAAAGAUGCAUGACAUCUGGCACCGUCGCCAUGACUACUGGCUGCUGGCUGGCAUCGUAACACAUGGUUAUGCUCGCUGGCAAGACAUUCAGAAUGACCCACGCUAUGCUAUUCUGAAUGAGCCCUUCAAGACUGAGAUGCAUAAGGGCAACUACCUAGAAAUGAAGAACAAGUUCUUGGCUCGCCGCUUUAAGUUGUUGGAGCAGGCUCUGGUGAUUGAGGAGCAGUUGAGGCGGGCAGCUUACCUGAAUAUGACCCAGGACCCCAGUCACCCGGCCAUGGCUCUCAACACUCGCUUCACUGAGGUGGAAUGUCUGGCAGAGUCCCACCAGCACCUGUCCAAAGAGUCUCUGGCCGGCAACAAGCCUGCCAACGCCGUGCUGCACAAAGUGUUGAACCAGCUAGAGGAACUUCUGAGCGACAUGAAAGCAGAUGUGACUCGACUGCCCAACAUGCUGUCCAGGAUCCCGCCGGUGUCGGCCCGUCUGCAGAUGUCCGAGAGGAGCAUCCUGAGCCGCCUCACCAGCCGAGGGAGCGAGCCUCCGCCACAGCAGCCUUUCAGUCAGGGUGGGUUUGGCUGCUCCCAGAUGUACAGCAGCAGCUUUGGUGGAGGAUUCAGAGGACCAGGUGGACAGCCCAUGGUCAACUACAGUCAGAUGCCUCUGGGACCCUACGUCAGUGGUAAGGGCCAACCUUUACAGAAGGAUAAACGCAGCAUUCAGACAAUCAUGCACGUGUUAGACACGUCCACAGUGUCCACUAAUGGCCCUCCACCCCCUACAAGCCAUCUGGACAAGAAGUCACUUGACUCCUUGAGAGACGUGGCCACGCCUGACCUCAAGUCAGGCAAACCUAGUGAUGUCAUCUGCAUUGAGGACUAGACCAGCUACGUAACACUGACCUGAGGUCAGAAACUCCCAGGGAUGGAUUCUGUAUGGAUGACAGCUGCCCAUCUCUUCCGCCACAUCCUCCUCUUUCUCCUGCUCCUUCCUGACUUAAAAUCUACAAAAUCAAGCUCUCUGUCUGCGGAUAAGGCGACUAACUUUUUGAUUAAUGCAGAUGUAUCUAUCUUAACAAUUGCACUUUUAUCUUUCAAGGAUUCUAAUAGAAGUAUUUCAGUAGAUAUUUGCUUUUCGUUAACCUGUGCUGGAGAGCUGAGGAUGGGGAGGGAAAAUGAAGCAGCUUUUGUGAAAGAGAUUUUUUUUUUCAGCCCUGCACUACAAGGCGAAACUCAAGCAAGUUGGCAUGACUGAGUUUCUGAUGCUCUUGAUUGGGGGUCGUUCUGAUCUUGGAAUGUGUGAUUUGUUCGCGCCAGCCUCGACUUUUUCAUUCAGCGUGCCCCCCCCCCCCCCCCCUUGCUUUUGUCCAUCUGCCUAUUCACUGUACACUGUGACUGUGCCCCACUGGAGCCUGUUCCCUGUGAAGAGGAGUGAGGAGUGGACUUAAGGACGUCUUCAGUCAUAGUUUGACAGGAGGCUGUUCUCCCGAGGGCCGAUAUUGUUACUUUAAGUGAAUAUGUGUUCUGUCAUUCAUGUAGUAACCAGUGGAUAAAUUAUUGAUUUGAACGCAUUAAAAACUAUUAUCAUGUAUGCAGUAGCUGGACACAGUCUGUCUGAAUCCUCUAAAGACUGCCACCCACUGGUAAUUUGGAGAAAGUUAUCUCUGCCAAACCUGCGUCUGCGGUGCCAGUAACCUGUGAGGGUCGGCUUCUUGUACUGUAUAUACUCAGAGACUGCUGUUUAUUUUACCUCACAUAGGUCUAAUCAUAGUGAAAAUAUGUAUAUGGAUGAAAUCAGAAGCCUGGCUUGGCGUCCUACACGAAGAUCAAGCAAGAGAAGAAAAAGCUGCGGGAGUGGCAAAAAUGAUUUUUAAUGCAUUUCAGAGAAGACUGAGUGUUUCUGUGUAUGGUACAAUAUUUGUGAUUCUUAUUAUAUUUGAAUGUUAGUAGUGGCUGUAGAGCUUAACCCUGGGGCCGCGACCAGUGGGACUGCACUAUAAACAGGAACUCAUCUGGUCCGCAUCAACAUACAGGGCUUUAAUGUUCAGGCCUAACUGAGAACAGAGUCCUGAGUGGAGGGUGGCUUUUUUCCCUCUGACGUACAUCCCAGGGACUUUCCCGGUUCCCUUUCAUUGUUAGAACUGAAUAAGAACGUAUGUGCUUUUGGCCCAAUGUCACCUGAAGUCUAGUAUUCGUCGCAAAACGAGCUUUUGUUUGCUUCUCUUUACGUUAGGGUAAAAUAAGAUGUAUUGGUCACUUGGUGCCAUUCAAGAAGAUGAUCUUUGUUCGUCGAUGCAGUGCGUUUCCUCCACAGGGGUGAACACUGUAAUUGGUAGUGUCACGGUGGAAGCCUACAUUUGGAGGGGUUUUCUUUGUAUAUCAGCUUCUAAGGACCAAUGUUGCACAGCAUUACUCUUUAGAUAAUGUCUUCACUUCCAGUCUCCUCAGUUAUGUUUGGGUUCUGAGAGUGUAUCUUGCUGCCUAUUGCUUUACCUGGUGUGAACACACGUUAGCAUGGUAUAGCUACAUAUCUUGUCCAUUCCCUCUCCUACUAUUAUGUGCUAAAGUGACUGUCCACUAAGUAAAACAAUCUUUUAUAAAUUCAAGCUUACUCUGUUUCCUUUUCUAUGAAGGCAUUGCUCGAAUGUGUGGACUCAAAGUGCAACUUGUUAUUGACAUAUAUUUGUCUUUUUUUCUUUUUCCAAAGAUCCAGUGGCAUUACCUGUUUGUAUUAUUAUUGCCAUUGCCACAGCACUUAUGACAUUGUUGGGAUGACGAUUGUGAUUGGACUAAUCUAAACUGAAGAGGUAGUGUUGUACAGAGUUGGUGAGUGUAUUUUCUUACUCUCCUUUUUGCCACUUCAAACGGUUGUCCUGAGGUGCUCUCUUCUGACCCCUUUUCUCUUACUUAGAUUGUGUCACUGCGACCUCCUCGCCCAUCAUCUCUCAGACAACAUGCUUUAAAAGAACUAUAAAUUCACUUUCAGAACAUCAAAUGAACCUUGAAGUGCAUCCCAUCCGUUUUUUGCGCUCUUCUUUGUUCGUGUUUAGCGGUGCCGUUUCGUUCCUCGUGUUUCCGUUCACGCCAUCAGCUACUUGACCAUGACAUGUAUUAGGUUGCUCGACAGAUAGAACCUCAGAAACAUGUAAAUACUUGAAAGAUUUUUCAGAGAUAAGUCCAUCUCAUACAGAUUUAUGUAUCAACCUGAAAAAAGAUGAAUGUCUGCUGGAUGGUGUUGCCAUAGAACUGCAGUGUGCACCGUAUGUGCUCAUCAGUCAAAAUCAUGUCCUGUUCCCUCUGGAGUGAUGACCAUGAGAUGACGUCAAAAACACAAUACUCCAAUGAAAUGCAAUCAAACUGAAGUCAGUAUGAAUGUAAUGUCUGUUAGAAAAAAAAGGCUUCAGUCUAAUAUUAUAAAUAUGUUAACAAUGUAUGUACAUGCUUAUUAACAUGGCUUCAAAAGCUACCAAAAGACCCUGAUUAAAGGCACCUUUAUGAAUGCACAGCAUGUGAAGCGUUUGAUAUGACGGUUCACUUCGGGGAGGCGGUAGUGUAUCUAGCAUUUACAGACAAUGAGCUCCAAGCAGUGUUAUGGUUCUGAUAUUUGUGCUGUAUAGCAAUUGAAUGAAAAAGUGAAUUGUCAUCUUUUUAUUUGUACUCUGUGUAUUUGUUCAAUGUGUUUUAAUAAAUCUUCUGGACAACA